UGCGUACUCUCAAGGGCCGUGGCGGGAUUGGUUCCGCGUCUGGUGUCGUCGGCCGUUUCCCACCUACCAGGGCCGGGUCUGGAGCCCUUCCCCGCGGGGCGGGACCUCCUAACGGCCGACUUCAGGGGCAGGGUAACCCCGCUGGAGAAGCAUUUAAAUUCUGGAGAUAGCAACUCGGCGUCAUGGCCAGCAGCCCCAAUGAGGAUGCAGAAGGAAGCAGAAUCACCCAUGUGAAAGGAGACCUUUUUGCAUGCCCCAAAACAGACUCUCUAGCCCACUGUAUCAGUGAGGAUUGUCGGAUGGGCGCUGGGAUAGCUGUCCUCUUCAAGAAGAAAUUUGGAGGGGUGCAGGAACUGUUAAAUCAACAAAAGAAAUCUGGAGAAGUGGCUGUUCUGAAGAGAGAUGGGCGAUACAUAUAUUACUUGAUUACAAAGAAAAGGGCUUCACACAAGCCAACUUAUGAAAACUUACAGAAGAGUUUAGAGGCCAUGAAGUCCCAUUGUCUCAAGAAUGGAGUCACAGACCUCUCCAUGCCCAGGAUUGGGUGUGGUCUUGAUCGUCUGCAAUGGGAAAACGUAUCCACAAUAAUUGAGGAGGUGUUUGAGGCAACAGACAUCAGAAUUACUGUGUACACACUCUGAACAGAUGAGCAUUUUGGAUGUGACCAUGUUUUCCUGUGUCAUUCCUACUGGGCCAUAGGACUGGGCAAACUGACUUCAGAAAUGAUCAGAGGAAAGUUUCAUGUGAAAUUGUCUGUGUCACAGGCCAUGCUUGGGUUUCUGUAUUCCCAUGAUUGGACUGGGACUCUGAAGGAGGGAUUGCUUGGGAAAUGUUGCUGUGAUUUUUUUUUCUUUUCUUUUCAGGAAGGUAGGUAAUAGCCUGAUAUUAGGCAGGGACCAGGUGUUGGGCCCUAUGAUCCGUUUUGCCCAAGGAUGCUACCUAAUUUGUUUGGCUUGCCACUAGGUGGCAGCAUUGAUUCUACUUCUCUGCUGUUUAAGAGAAAUUUCAGGAAGAAUAACUUUCAGUUAAUUUUGCAUUUUUUGUCAUUUGUGCAUUGACUUUGUAUUAUCCAUAUGCCCUCACAUUCAUCCUAGGAAAGAAUUUUGAGGUGUGUUUCUUUUGUUUAAAUUACAAAAAUGGAUUUUUACAUUGUUAACAAGGAAUUUUGGGGGGGAAAAGUGGGAAAAUAAAUAUCUUCUUGGGCUACAGUGAGGUUCUGUUCACAUGUUUGUGUGGUUCUGGACUUGGAUAACGGAGGAUUCACCUAUAAUUUAAUUUGGAAAAAUCAGGGGUCUAGUGGGAAGGCAGCAAGGUGAAAAAUAGGAAUGGAUGGCAUCUAUGGGUCAGCUCACUGGUAGGGCGGGAUUUUAGAAACCACUCAUGGUGAACUCUUCUCUUCACUACAUAGCUUGUGAACCUUUCUGAAUUCAGUCACGAAACAUGAAAUAAUGUAUGGUAAAUGCUUGGCAAAGUGCUUACUGAGGAGUAAUGACUUCUCAACACAAUCCAUAUGAAUCUUCUUC